AUGAGUACUAAACAGUCGGGAAGAACUCUGGCAUAUGAUAUUUUGCCCGGAGAUAUCUGUAAAGUAAACCAAGUUGCAUAUAACCAAGCUAGGGCUAGUGAUGAAAAGGGUCAAAAGCAUAGAUCAAGAGGCUUAACCAGAGAUACUAGGGCUACUGUAAUGCAAGCGCUUGAUGGUAGAACGAUGCUCAUGUUGGAAAGAGCAAAAAAAAGAGGAGUAUUUUCAAAUAUGUAUGGGACAAUCAGUACUGGAAAGGAGGCUAAUGUCUAUAGAGGAACUACAUUCUUUGAUGACCUAAAACUCUAUGGUUCCGAACUUUUUACAAGGAACUGUCUUUCUCAAGAAGACUUAGAUGUUAUAGAUGAAAUCGAAAAAUCUGCAGAUCUCAAUUAUGUUAAUAGAGCAAUCAAAGUUUUCAAGACUUCGGUACUUACUUUUAAGGAUAGGUCAAAAUAUGUGGAAGGAGAAUUCAGAUUUAGGAGAGGAUAUUUGAAAUCAAAAAACCCCAGGAAGAUGGUCACUCAAUGGUGCGAAAAAGAAUUUAGAAAUUUGAGACGUAUUGUUAUUUCUGGGUUACGAUGUCCCAUCCCCAUUUAUAUCAAAAAACACAUUUUUGUAAUGUCAUAUAUUGGUUACGGAUCUAACCUAGAAAAUCGUGUUGAAGACAAUAAACAACAUGAAAUUGAACUUAGAAACAAUAUCAACAAUAAUACAGAGAGUGCUGCUCCCAGAUUGAAGGAUGUACCAAUUAGUCUUGGAAAGAAAAAUUGGAUUCGCCUUUACAUUGAAAUGAUUGGCAUAAUGCAUAUUAUGUUUAACGAAUGCCAUCUUAUUCAUGGGGAUAUGUCUGAAUAUAAUACUCUAUUUUAUAAAGGACAUGUUUAUGUUAUUGAUGUUUCACAAUCUAUGGAACAUGAUCACCCUUUAGGUUUAGAGUUUUUAAAGAGAGACUGCAUAAACGUAACUAUAUUCUUUAAUAAGGUACUUCAAAGUAGAAAAAAUCAAGAAGACAUUGAAGUUGCAGAUAAUCUUAAUGAGAACGAUGUAGAUGAUGAAAUGUCCAUAUUAAAUGACCUAUUCAGUACUCUAAAUAACUACUCAACAAAUAUAAUACUGUCUCCAUCAGAACUAUAUAAUUUAAUUACAAUGAUCAAACCUAACGAUCUGGUUAAGUUCUAUGAGGAAUCACUAUCUUCCUCGAAUGUUGAACUGAUUUCUAAUGUUAAAAAUAUUAUAUUAAACAUUCUUGAAAGCAACGAACUUAUAUGGCCAGAAUUUGAUGCUAAUGAAAGAGAAUAUGAAUUAAAAUGUUCUUAUUUAAAUUCUCAGAAGGAUAUUAUUAUCAAAAACUCUAAUGAUAAUCAAAAGGUUUUUAUAUCGAUAUUGUUUUUCACAGUAUAUCAUCUUUUGUCUAAUGGAAAAUACAAUAAUGCUAAGUUUGAAGCUUUCAAUAGUAUUACUGAUAAAAACUAUGAAGAUUCUAAAAAUAAAGAUGGAAAUAGUGUAUUCUUAAAUACCUGGACACCACUUCAUUUAAAUCAAAUAAUGGAUAGGAAAACUCUUGAAAAAGAACUGGAAAGAAAGGAGUGCGGACAAGAGUUAUUAUAUGGGCACUUUAUCUGCGAUAAAAAUAAUAACGAUUUGGCUUAUAGCGAUUCAGUUCGAGAUAAUGAAAGUGAGUGUGGGGAAGACUGUGUUGUAAGGAGAAAUGAUAUUAGUACAGAGCUUGAACUUGAAAUUUCAUCACUUAGUAUAAAAGACGAUCGUUUUGAUUUAGAAUCAAGCACAAACAGUAAUGGGGAAGAUAGUUUGCACGAACCUUCCGAAGACGAGUUAUCUGAAGAACUUAAACUUAACGAAGACAUACAGGAAAAACAAAUUCCGAAACAGUUUAACGGGAAGAUCCCAGAAAACAUUACAAAAAAAGAGUGGAAACAACUUGUAAAAGAAGAAAACAGAGAAAGGAGAUUAAAUAAAAUACCUAAACACAUUAAAAAGAAGAAAAAACACUCAAGAAAGAAGAACUCGAAAAAUUAA